AUGAAUAACCAAACAGUAACCUAUGCAGAACUGAAUCUGGUUAAGGACUCAAAGAAACAGCAAAUGAAACCUAAGGGUGUUAAAAGCUCCAUUUCAGUAAUUGAGCAGGAAACAACCUAUGUUGAAUUAAAUCUUCGAAAUCCUUCUCAGGAUCUUCAAGAGAAUGGCAAGAAGGACCACUGCAAAGAUUUCCCAUCACCACGAGAGAAGCUCAUUGCUGGGGUCCUGGGAAUCAUCUGCCUCGUCUUGCUGUCCACUGUGGUAACAAUGGCACUUGCUAUUUCCUCUUCUGGAAGCCUGGCACAGAACAAUUCAUCCCUGGCAACAAGGAACCAGAAAGCAUAUCAUUGUGGUCAUCGUCCAAAGGAGUGGUUCACAUAUUCCAACAAUUGCUAUUACAUUAGUAUUGAAAGAAAAGCAUGGAAUGAGAGCUUGCUGGCCUGUGCGUCUAAGAACUCUACCCUGCUUUAUAUAGAUAACGAAGAUGAACUGAAUUUUUUGGUCUCCUUGCGUGUUUACUCAUGGAUUAGACCCUCUCAUAGAAACAAUAGUAAUUCCUGGAUGUCGCCAAGUGGCUCAACUUUCUCUUCAAAACUGUUCUCAAGAUCUUCAGAGAGAGGCAAAAAUUGUGCAUUUUUUGAUUUUCCAAUGAAGUCACUUUCUUCCGCAUCCUGUUUGGAAGAAAGAAUGUAUAUUUGUAAGCAUCAGGCAUUUUAGCUUAUCUAAAUUUGAUAUAAUGCUAC